UGCUCCACCAUCUUCAUACCAUUCACAAGGUUUGUGAAGGUUAAUAACGCAGACACCCCUUAUCAAAGGUGUAGAUUACCGGAGAAAAAGAUUGUCAUGUCGAUUCUGAAAGUAUAGAAUUAAUAUCUGACCAAGUCACUGAAAUUGUUUUAGAGGUGUUUAUGUUUCCUCUCGUGAUUGUAUGAAUUGUUCUGGACGUAUUACAUUCCGGAAUUGCGGAAAAUUGUCUUUCUUGGUUUUGCAGACCAGCCAACCGUGACAACAGUGAGUAAGCAGUGACGGAGUUGACAAACAUGUGUACGUCACAGUAGAGAACGAACUUGGGGCGGAGACCAUGGGGAUUUCAGUGACGUUCAGACAGAUCUUGCUGAUCAUCAUUCUGCGAUGUUUGUGCUGUCGAGGUCAAGAUGGGACAGUCAUGCUGUACGGACAAAAUGCACGCUACAAAGGAACCGUGUUGAUAUCUUACAACAACACAUGGGGUUCGGUGUGUGACGACGGCUGGGGACUGGAGGAGGCCACAGUGGUGUGUCGACAGUUGGGAUUCACAGGAAGUCGAAUCAUACCCCGAACAAACUCUUACUACGGUCGCGGGACUGGGGCAGUCCUGCUGGAUGACGUGUACUGUAUAGGUACGGAGGGCAACCUCACCCAGUGCACACACAGCCCCUGGGGGGUCAGCAACUGUGACCACAAUGAGGACGCCGGCGUGGACUGUGAUCCAAGUGUUGAUGCCCAAGCCAACCCCGUUAAGCUGGUUGGCGGGUCAAACGAAAGAGAAGGUCAGGUACGAGUCUGGAACAACGGGUUCUGGGGGUCGGUCUGUGAUGACGGAUGGGACUUCCAUGCUGCUCAGGUCCUCUGCAACCAACUGAACUUUACAGGAACCAUUGGCGUGCCUACAACUGGCGGAUAUUUUUCUAAUGGCACGACUGACCCGAAUGUGCUCAUCAUUUUGGACGAUGUACGCUGCAAAGGCAACGAGUCGUCCAUCGACGUUUGCCUCCACAGACCAUUCAUGCAGAACAACUGCGGUCCACAGCAAAACGCAGGGGUCAUCUGCGUGACCCCACCGCAGGGGGAAGUGAAUUUGCAGGUGCGUCUGGCUGGCGGGAUAAACAAGUACCAGGGUCGGGUGGAGAUCCAGGUGUUCGGACAUUGGGGGACCAUCUGCUCUCACAGGUUUGGACCGGAGGACGCACAAGUGGUUUGCAGAAUGCUGGGAUAUGGAGGAGGUGCCAACAUUAUGUACAAUCUAUACCAAGGGGGAGGAGGUCCUAUCUGGCUAGACGACCUCGGCUGUACAGGAUCAGAGGUCAGCUUGUUGAACUGCUCGCGAAAACCUUGGGGGGUGAGCGACUGUACUCACGCCAACGAUGCGUCGGUAUCCUGUACAGCUAUUGGCGGCGGGGACCACAUCAUCAGUAUGAUCGAAGGAGGAGGCAGCAAAGGAGGCUAAUUGUGUCCGUGAAUGGUCAGCAAGGAGUUAUCUGUGACCACAACGCUACCAACGCCAUAGCCAUGGUGGUGUGCAACGAACUGGGUCUGAACACAUCGAACGCUAUCAUCACAACAGGUCAAAGUGCAAUCGAGUCUCCCACUGUACUGGACAACGUGGUGUGUGUGGGUACCGAAUCCACCCUGUCCGGCUGCCGCUACAGCAAAACCAACUUCAUCUGUCCUGCGAAU